UAGCAGAUUCUGAUCGAUAAUAAAGUGACUCUAUUUUAUAUAUUAUAUAGAUUUUAGUGUUUAGAGGAAACAUCUCUUUUCUAUACAAUAUGGUUAAUAUGUUUGCCAAUACAAUGGUUGACUAUAAUUUUAAAUAGUGAUUUUAUUUAAUAAAUAAAUAAAACAUUUAUUUUUAUUAAGGAAUUCAUAAUCGAUUCCUUAAAAAUAAAUUUUAGUGACCACUCUUAGUGGAGCCUAUCUGUCGGGUGUCAUGUUUCAGUGCCGGCCAAACAUAUGUACAAUCGGUACCAAUCGUAAUGGCAAACGACUAGUCAUACGGUCAUUAAGUGUUGUCUUUGGUUUGAUUAUCUUCUGUAUCGCUAAUAUAACUAUAACUCAUUGUUCGCCACAAGUCUUCACCAAUACUUUUUUGGUUAGACUUAAACGCGAUUCAGACCAACAUAUUGCUCAUCAAAUUGCUAAACGAAAUGGUUUUAUUAAUUUAGGCGCCGUAUUAGGAUCGAGCAAUGAAUACAAUUUUAUGCACCGCGCGAUACCACACGCCAGAAGCAAACGAAGCAUAUCUCACCAUAGAUUACUCAAAUCGGAUCCAUCGAUUGCAUUUGCAACACAACAAAUAGGAUUUAAACGAUCAAAAAGAGGUUAUAAUAAGCUAAGACUCGGUCCCGAAGACUUGUCGCUUAACAAAGAGCCAAAUGAUCCAUAUUUUCAAUAUCAAUGGUAUUUAAAAAAUGUUGGACAAAAUGGGGGCAAAAAGAGACUUGAUUUAAAUGUGGAAGCUGCAUGGGCGCAGGGAAUUACCGGCAAAAAUGUUACCACAGCUAUUAUGGACGAUGGCGUUGAUUAUAUGCAUCCAGAUAUAAGAGAAAACUAUAAUGCCAGAGCCAGCUAUGACUUUAGCAGUAAUGAUCCGUUUCCUUAUCCCAGAUAUACUGAUGACUGGUUUAAUAGUCAUGGCACCCGAUGUGCUGGAGAAGUGGCAGCUAAAAGGGAUAACGGUAUUUGCGGAGUCGGUGUUGCAUACGAUUCAAAGGUAGCGGGAAUCCGGAUGUUAGACCAGCCGUAUAUGACUGAUUUGAUUGAAGCCAACUCAAUGGGUCACGAACCGGAUCUUAUAGAUAUAUAUAGUGCCAGUUGGGGCCCAACUGAUGACGGAAAGACAGUGGACGGACCAAGAAAUGCAACGAUGAGAGCUAUCGUUCGAGGAGUCAAUGAGGGUCGAAGAGGUUUGGGUAAUAUAUAUGUUUGGGCUUCUGGUGAUGGAGGAGAAGAUGACGAUUGUAACUGUGAUGGAUAUGCGGCCUCAAUGUGGACAAUAUCGAUAAAUUCGGCCAUAAAUGAUGGACAGAAUGCACACUAUGACGAGUCGUGUUCAAGUACUCUGGCCUCGACUUUUAGUAACGGAGCUAAAGACCCACACACUGGAGUGGCUACAACUGAUUUAUAUGGAAAAUGUACAAAAACACAUUCGGGUACAUCAGCCGCUGCUCCCGAAGCGGCCGGAGUUUUUGCACUGGCAUUAGAAGCCAAUCCUAACCUCACGUGGAGAGAUAUACAACAUUUAUCAGUAUUGACAUCAAAACGAAAUUCAUUAUAUGAUAGCAAAAGACGAUUUAAAUGGAAUAUGAAUGGAGUGGGACUUGAGUUUAACCAUCUUUUUGGUUACGGUGUUCUCGAUGCCGGAGCUAUGGUUGCUUUGGCUAAGCUAUGGAAGUCAGUCCCCCCGCGUUUUCACUGCGAGGGCGGAUCUAUCAACAGAAUGGUUGCAAUUCCAUCAAAUCAGAGUCUUUUCUUUACCAUUGAUACAAAUGCCUGUAAGGGUACCGAUUAUGAAGUCAAUUACAAUGAACACAUUCAGUCUGUUAUCACAUUAAACUCUACUCGAAGAGGUGAUGUCACCUUAUAUUUGAUAUCACCGAUGGGAACCAGAUCAAUGAUUUUAAGCCGACGACCCAAUGAUGAUGAACGACACGACGGGUUUACUAAAUGGCCAUUUAUGACAACUCACACUUGGGGUGAAAAUCCGCGCGGAAUCUGGAAAUUGGAGGUUAGAUUUGAGAGCGAAACUCCACAAAUGGGAUUCAUUAAGGAAUGGACUCUUAUGAUUCACGGAACUAAAGAACAGCCCUAUAAGGACCUACCGGUUUCAGACCACAACUCAAAAUUAGCAAUUGUUAAAAAAGCACACGAAGACAGAAACAAACAUUAAAUUAUACAAACAAAAGGCCAAUCGAUUAAUAUGUUGACAAAAAAUAUGCUAUUAUUUUUAAGUUGCUUUUUAUUAUUCACUAAAUUUAUAAAAUUUAUUUAUUUAUAUAUAUAUCUAUAUAUCUAUAAUUACAAUA